CAACUCAGGUGCGUGCAUUUUUCUUUGGCUUUCAGCAAGUUUAUAUUUUAAAUUAGCACUGGCCAAUCAUCUACUGAUGGAAAUACGGACUUUUUUUUCGAAGGAAAUAUGAUAAUGUUUCUACGUGGACUAAGCCUUACUCAUCUGGAUCGUUAGUUGGGCCCCCGGAACAGGAUUCCUACUCGCCAUAUCAGCUGGGCUAAAACUAAUCAAUGGCGAUCUAUUAAACCCAAUUGGUUUUGGUCUGGUAAUCUUGUCUGCCGCGUGGCCAUGGCAGUGAGCCGGCGAGUGUGGUCGUUCCUGAUACUUCUCGAAGUUUCCAGUGGUUAACCAGCCAUCCGCGUCUUUGCAAGGGAAGGAAAACUAGCCGUCCCGGCCUCACUCGGCCCGGGCAACCAUGGAGCUCGACCUCCCACCGAAGCAACAGGCCCCGCCGCUCGCCGAGCUCGCCGUCGCCACCCACCGGGCAGCCGAGGCCGCCGCCGCGCUCUCCGCGGCCUCUUCCUCAUCCCAGGCCGCCGCCGCGGUGGCCGCCCUCCGCGAGGCCCACGCCGCUAUAGGCUGCUUCCUCUCUCGCCUGGAGGCCGCUGCCCCUGCUUCGCCCAGCGACGAUCAGCCGAUGGCGGACGGAUGCGAGGAGGAGGAUGGGGAGGGGGAGCAGCAGAUGGUGGAGGAGGUGGAGGAGGGUCUCCGGGAGUGCGCCCUGCAGGGGAGCAAGCGGCGUAAGCGGCCCGUGCCGCCGUCGUUGCCGCUAGGGCGCCGCUCGAGCGGCGCUUGCGUGGAGACGGAUGCCGCGCCGGCUGCUCUGGACGUGGAAGGGCGGCGGCGUGCUGCGAUGGAUCUCUUGCUGCAGUUCCAUGGGUAGUAGGAUGAAAGGUGAGAGCUUUGGUGGUUUGGCGCAGAAAUGUGAAGAAUGAAAGUUUAGUAGGAUGUACGAAUGUUGUACGGAAUAUUUCGAUAUCAGUUUAAUUUUCGAUCAGAUUAACUUUUAGAUAUUUUUGAAAUAGCACAAAGAUGGACCAAUCAUCAGGUCAUUGUGGUGGUAUCCGUGAUAUUUUACUUAGAAAAAAUAGGAAUAUAUAUUUCCUGACAAUCAUAUCUAUUAUAUAUAUAAAUAAAGUAAUAAAAAAAGAGACUCCACGUUAUACCUCACGGGCUAGAAAU